CUUCGCAAGUUCUUUCUGCGGCGUACAUUCCUGCCACACGGAACGCGAGGGCUACAUAUAAAGUGAGAAAGUUCCUUUAUUCAAUAAACUAAGAAUCGAUUCGCUCUUUUGCGCACUUUGGCGUCGAUCGCCGUUCAAAAUUCUUUUCUAAAAUUCUGCUUUUAAUUGCAUCUCAUCGAACGCGCAUUCUUUAGCGUCUACAGAGAAUUGUACGUUGCACGUGACUUUACGCGAGAACUGAAGCCGCGAAGGUAGAUCGAUCUGGUGGAAGCAACCCCUGAAAGAGACAUCAGAAUUACGCAGUAAUCAGCGAAUCACCAUGCUAGUUUUACCCUUGAUACCAUUUUUCCUAGGCUAUAAAAUGCCGGAUAUAUUCAACCCUAUGCCCUCAUACAUAUUCUACAUGCGGGUAAACACGUUACUCAUCAACAAAUCAGAAAUACCCGUUAAGGAGAGCAACGCCGGCCUGCAGUUCUAUCUGAAGUGUCAGUCGUAUAAAUUGGAAAACCUAAAAUGUCACAUCCCGGAGAACAUUACUAAUUUACCGAAGCUGGACUCCAUUCAGCAGGUGGAAAAAAACUUUUUCACUCUGUCGUCCCUUCAGUUUAGCGGGAUACGUUUCCGAAUGGAAUUCGAUGUUAAGGGAGUAAAGAGUUAUCGCAUCCUUGUGAAAAACGUGAAAAACAAGGAGACUCUGUUGAAAGUAUACCAGUUCAUCGGGGAUCAACUGAGCGUCGGUGCUUACCUCAGUACAAGGGGCUUAGAAUUCACCGCAAUAGAGGAAACCAUUAUCGGCAAAUGCCCGACACAUUACGAAAUCAAUCGAAUUAAGGCCCUCAGUCGUAGCGAAAUCGAGCUGGUCUCCUUUCUUGCGAGCCAUGGUUAUGAGUUGAACAAGGACGAAGCGUUAUUUAUUAAUAAAACAAGACGUGUGGACGAAUGCUAUCCGAACAACAAUUAUAUCCUCGGAAAGAUCUUAUGGACCGACCUCAUAACAUCGAAUGAUACCGAGAAGCUGAAAGAAUCGCAGACUGUAAUGUCGUUUGGUCAUAACGAAUACUACAGCAAGACUGUAAAUAUGUUUUAUCUCUAUAAUGAGCAAGAUGAGAUUGCCGGCUAUGUUCAAGAAACAAUUAAUUUUGGAUUAGAAUUUAUACAAGGCUGAAAAACAUGACAGGAGUAUCACGUUGAUUUGUUAAAUCAAACGCUAAGGAAUACGCUCAGUGACCUCAAUUUGGCAACGAGCAAAAUUACACGGAGGACAUAUUUUAAAUUCGUUUUCAAAACAUUAUUGACAUGCGGUAUUAAACUGCAAAAGAUGUUAUAAUUAUUAUAACUAUAUAAACACGAUAUACAUAUCUUACUCUUUUAUGUCCUUCGAUGCUUUAUUGCUGGUAUAGAUAACAAUAUACAGCCUUUAUUACGUUUCUAUCUUCUCUUUAAUAAAAUUUAUAAUGUUGCCGCUCGAUAA